CGCGGCCCCGUUUGGGCCCACAAUAGCGCCUGAGGGGGGGGAUCCGUAGCCAUGUUGGCUCAAGUUCAAGUUCCUUUUCUGUUCAGGCCUUGACUGCGGCCCCGCGUGGGCCGAAGAGAUGGCGCCCGCGAGAAGAGAGCGCGAUCAGACGAUGGCGUUGCUGAACCAGAGGCAGCUCUUCGAGGCGGUGACCAACACGUGCCCGGAUGUGCUAACCAGGAGCGUCUACCAGCCCAUGCAGCUAGCGCAGCCCUUGUUCAAGAUGCCGCUGCAGGAGAAGCGACAGCUGUUUGUCGCUGCUCUUCGCGGCAUGCUCGAGGACAUCGGCGACGGGAGAUCCCCCGCCGAGGUGGCCUACGCAACAGACGAGUCGGGGAGGCUCUUCUCGUUUGGCCUGCAGCCGAUGUGGGAGGUGCGCGAGGACAAGGGGCAGUCGCGUCUCGUUGGCUUGGAGAGCCUCCUGGCGCUGCACACGGCCUCCUGGGGCGUCGGCAUCGUGGUGGACGUGCUCGACGACCUGCUCGACACCGACAUCGACCUCUACCUGCAGUUCAAGGGGCUGGAGAUCCAGGCGGCCCUGGACGCCCUGGAGACCUUCCCGAGCCUGCCGCCGAUCAGCGUGAACGUGCGUCCGUCCGAGUGGCUCCUGCCGGGGGUCCAGAGCCUGGUGCUCGACGCCACCCGCCGCGCGCCGGGGCGGAUCGUCUUCGAGCUGACGGAGUACACCCAGGACCUGCAGUUCAAGAGGCUCUUCGGCGAGCAGGGCUCGCUCUCGCAGUGCCUGACGAGGACGCUGCUGCCCGUGCUGCGGCGCAUGCGGGAGGCGGGCGUGAAGCUGCUGGCGGACGACCUGCUGCCCUUCAGCGUGUACUGCUUCGACGGGGAGGAGUCGUGCAGGAAGGGCCACCGCCUCGUAGACCACCACGCAACCGAGAGCAGCAUGAUGCUCUCGAGCGAGUGGUCCGCGGUGUUCCACGGCGUGAAGAUCAGCCUCGACUGGGUCAUCCACGCGAUGUCCCUCGGGAAGCAGACAGGGGCCGCGUUCGCGUCCGUACCCAUCUACGCCAAAAACAUCAAGGACAACCCUGGGCACGUGGCGGCCGUGACCGGCAAGCCCGUGUCGGACGAGGGCGUGGAGACGUCCUCUGCCCUCCGCGACCUCCAGAAGGCUGCCAGGGUAGAGCUGCAGGCCGCCCUGCAGGAGGUCCGGCGGCACCGCUUCGACAUCCUGCCGGUCCUCGAAGCGACGCUGCCGCCCGCCCACAUCGCCGAGUGGGGCCUGGAGGGCGCCGCGAAAGAGCAGGGGGGCAUGUUCUUCGAGGCCCGCUUCCCGCCCGCGUGGUUCUUCGGUCAGAUCCUGUCUCCGCCCCUCGCGCAGCGCCCCAAGGCCUCGUCCCCCAAGAAGGGCUUCCCUUCCACGUGCACCGAGGGCUGAGGCCCUGCGCGCGGCGUGGGUGCCCCUGCUCGCCCGCACUUGGGACCUGGGAGGGCACGGGGGAGGAGAAGGUUCAUGCAGUGUGGUGUGACCAUCAGUCGGUGGACGUGCGGCACGGUCGCAGUCAGAGUGCGGCCUCACAGCAACCCGCGGCCAGCACACUGGCCGAGUUGGGUUGCGGCAGGCCACUUGUGGCUGCGAGUCGCCGCAUCGGUGCGCAUUGUGAGAGGCGCCUACCCAGACUAGACACGCUUCUGAGUUCUACAGGUCUGAACCUACUUGUAAUCGUUCUCUUUGCGAAUUGCUGACUGCAUCGCUGAUAGGCUGGCACGCCAUGGUGUUCCUGACCAUAUGCUUGCAAUCCUCCUCCGAUGCCCCUUCUUCAAUGCAUCUCCUGUGGCAUUGCUGCAUGGCGUGAUCAGAGGAGGAGAUCCGCUUGCAACGACGGACUUACAGGACCCGUUGGAUUUACAGACUCUGCAGCUGACAUGGCGUUCGGCACGCCUGUUCAGCGCUCAGCCCUUGAUGUGAUUCAUCAACCUACGGUUGGACCGAGGUAUGAGAUAUAAGCUGGAUGCGCCUGUGUGUUUUGGCCGACGGAGGGUCUCAUGUUCUUGAGGGGUGCUAUUCUGGCUUGGGCCCCACUGUACACGUGUUGCUCUCCCUUAGGCUAUUCGCCCCCGUCGUCGCCCCCGACCGCCGCGCCCCUGGGCGGGAGAGUGGGCCUGGGCCGGGGUUGGCGAAGCAUGGGAUGUGUAAUUUGUGGUCGAUGCACUUGCCCUUUUGCCAUCCAGGGGAGCCCAGCGACGAGAACGGGUGCCGAACUGGCACGGAAAGGCUGGA